AUGGACCAGGGAUUCUCUGAAAACAGGGGUCCACUUCAUCUCCGGCCCCGUGAGGGGCUCCUCCCGCCCGCGGCACUUUCCGGUCGUACCCCCCCGCCUGCCACUACCACAUCCUCCGCUGACAUCAGCCUACGCCGCCAUAUUGGAAGAGAAGUCACCUCCGCCAUCUCUGCCGCAGCAGGCGGGGAACGCUGGCUCCCACCGCCACUGCCUCGGCCGAAUCCUGCUCCCCAUGAUUCCCCUCGGCCUGCCGUUGCCCCGGUGGGGAUAGGGCGGAGACAGGAGUGGCUGCCGUCUCUUCUUCUUUCCCCCUCCCGAUCUGUCGCAAAGUUCCUGUCCCCGUGGCGGGCCUUUGACCUUCCACCGCCUCCAGCCAUGACUUCCUUGACCCAGCGUAGCUCCGGGCUGGUGCAGCGCCGGACAGAGGCCUCCCGCAACGCCGCCGCCGCCAAGGAGCGGGAGACGGGAGGCGGCUCUGAAGAUGAAGGCCGCCGGGACGAGCCCGGUGACGACGAGAAGGGUGACUCCAAGGAAACACGCCUCACCCUCAUGGAAGAGGUGCUGCUCCUGGGUCUCAAGGACCGUGAGUUGGACCUUGCCACGGCAUCCUAACAAAGUCAAUAGAUAUUCAGUGUUGUGUUCUUCCAUCUAUUGAAUCUGAAGGCGUGUGUGUAUGCACAUUUCUCUUUCUACAUACCUGAAUAGCUGCAUGAAAGUAAAUUAAGCAUGACAAGACAGAUAUCUGUCAGGAUUACCUAGGAGGUCUUGCCUUGAGGAAGGUGGGAUAGACUGGAUGAUCAUUCAGCCUUCCCCCCCCAUGAGCGUGUGCUAAAUCUUCUGAAUUUUGCAGGCAUUAGGCUCUGAAGAUUUCAAGGCAAGGAACAAUCUGUCUGCCUAGAAAGAAUAUAUGGUGCAAGCAUACCUAGUAUAUCAAACACUGGGCCUAAAAAUCCAGCUUUGCAUUGGUGUGCAUCAAAACUAUAAAUCAUCCAACAUUGCUAAGUGCAACAGUGGCAAACACUGCAGGUAAUCUAUUUAUGUGCAUGCAAAAUGUAACUAAGUGAUUACAGUGGCACAUAUGUUUGUGACUCCCUUGAGAUUUUGCAGUUGAGAUGUCAGACAAAAGGGAUGAUAAUGUCUUUAGGGGUAGGGAUCUUAUGUGCACAAACCUCAGCAUGCACCAUUUCUGUGCUUUGUUAGACAUGAUUCAUUGGUUUGUAUUUUGGUUUUGUGUCUGAUUGUACUCUUUUUUUUCUAACACUAUGCAAACAGUUUUGUCUCCAUGAGUUAAAAUCUCCAUUAUUUAAAUUUUAAAAUAAAACUAUAGAUUAAUUUUCUAAGAUUUUUUUUUUUGUUCUCUGUUGUUCUAAUGAUAAGUUAGCAAAACUUAGGUACUUCAUGCAUCCGGAAAUGCUUUUAAUAAAAUUUUUACUACUGAUAAAAUUUAUUUCCCAUGACAUUUGUGUGAGAUUUUGUCAUGACAGCAAGCAGAGAAAAGUAAUAUAGGAUCUGUAAAGUAUAAUUGUGAAACUUCACGAAGUGUAAGGGAAAGGCAAAGAAAAGCCAGUAAAUUUAAAGCUGGUAAUGUCCUUCCUUUUUAUUGCAACAGGAUAAAAUAAUUAGUGUUGAGUUUAAAAUAAAUAAAUAAAAUAGUCCGAAGUAGCCUAAGAACAUUUCCCUAAAAAUAGCUUUUUUCUCAGAAAAGUCACUGAGAACUGCAUUGAUAACUUAGUUUUGAGGGUUUUUUUUUGUUUUUUUUUUGUUUAUUUUUUUGUAAUUUCACUUCUAAUAUUAAACACUGGUGAAUAUGGCUUAACACUGCAUAAAUUCUAUUAAAGAAGCCUUGCAUGUAAGGACCUGCCAUUAAUAAUUUUUAAGUGUAAAUUGCAGAACCUUUACUCAUAGGAGAAUUUCAGGCAGAUUUAGAGACCGUGAUGGAUUGAUUACUUUAGUGUUUCUAGGACACUGUUAUAUAUUAAUGUGAAUCCUGCUUUCAGGAUAGUGGAAUGGUUGUAACAACCACAGACAAAAGUUUUGUGUUGUUGCUGCAGUAUGAGUACAGUCAUGCAGUCAUGGGAAUGUCCAGCUGCCCCAAGACAAACACAGCACACCUCAAUCCCAUUCUCAAUGCUUGAACAAAAUGAACUUUUUUUUUUUUUUUUUUUUUCAUUUGGUUUAAUUAAAUGGUAGAUUAUGUAUGUGGACUGGUUGCUCUUUUUUUUUUUUCACCAAUGGUUCUUUCAUUUGUAUAUUCUGUAUAUAUAUAACUAUUUCUGUAUUUCGAGGUCAAGAUAGGUUUUAAGGGGUAUGUACUAAAAUAUGUUCAUGACAGAUCUGUUGUCCUUAGAGGAACAGGAGCACUGGAACAAAAGGAACAUCUAUAAUUUAUUUGGAAACCCUUCAGAAACAUGAUUGGGAAAGGGAAUCAUGUUCCUCUAUUUAGAAUAGAGCAAUAGCCUGUUGCUAUAGUAAUAAAAAAUACUGAAACAAAAUACUUUGCUGUGUUAGGUUAAAAAUAAUAUUGCAGUAGAACCAAUCAAAGUCAUAGCAAAAGGGAAGUUAUUCUGUAAAACUACUGAAGCUUCUGAGGUCACCUCUCCCAAAAGAAGGAAGUGGUAAAUAUUGUUAGCUGAUUUACAAAUGACAGCUGAGAUGAGUACAGGUCACUCUUUUCAUUACAGUUCUUUCAGACAUCUUGUAACUCAGUCCCAUUGAAAACUGAGAGAUUGCUAGGUUCUUUGUAGCUGUCGCUUCAUUUAAGUUUUUUAUACAUGUAGGGGGUUUUAUGGUGGGUUUGUUGUUUGGUUUUUUGUGUGUUUUUGUUUUGGGUUUUUUUUUUUUUUUGAGUUCUCAUUCAGUUCAAGUUGGGAAUCUAUUAAAAUACAGUAAUGCAAAGAGCUGAUCUUGUCCUCUAAACAAUGUGCCACAAUUAAGCAAAUUGAAGCAGCUAUAGAGACACAACACCUUCUGUAGUUCAGAUAAUUAUAUUUAGUAAGAUAAAAUACUUAUUUGAUCUGUAACUAAUUCCUUAUUUGCUGAAAGAAAACUCACAUAACGUUCACUGAAAUAAUUGUCAUGUGCUGUAGUCUGCUGCAACAGUAAAUAUUUUUAGUUUUAUUAACACUUUCAUUGGUGAAAAUUAAAAUGUCCUUCCUGAGAGUGAAGUAAUGUUAAUUCACUUUGGUACAGAAAUUGUCUUGGACCUUAGCUACUCAUGUUUGGCUUUUAGAAACUUCAUUUAUUGCUAAAGAUUUAGUGCUACAGCAUAGUUUUUUGUCAUGUGAAGGUCUCUAGUUUAUGAUACUUUUCAUUGUAUUGAAAUAUGUUAUUAGGGAGCUAGUUUGCCUGCUUCAGAUGUGCUGUUUUGUGUUGAUUAGAUUAAUUCUAAAAUGUAGUUUCUUUAUUCUUACAAAAUCAGAGUAGCUGGAUUUCUUACUGAAUUUAAUAUUUUAAUCCUAAAGAGAUUUUUUUUUGAAAGGUGAAAUAUUAAUUUUGAAAAUAUUCAAAAUAUGAGUGGUAUUUUCUCUGAUUUUAAAAUUUGCCUUUGUGAAAUUCAUAUUGGGAUUCAGAAAUCUGUGAUUUUUUUUUUUUUUUUGCCUGUGUAACAAAUGAGUUUUCGGAAGGCAUCUUUGUAUCUUUUUUUUUUUCUCUUCCUCCUCUCUUCCCUCCCUCCCCUUAAGAAAGUUUCAGCAACAGCCUGAAUGUCAACUCAAAAGCUCCCAAGAUUUUUUAAAAAUUUCUGAGACAAAUGAGUGAAACAAGAAGAGGCAUCUACUGGGAAUUUGCAUUUCAGUUGAAGAAUGGUGUAUGAAUGUGUUGAAACUUUGACAAAGGCAUGCUUUAUCUCAAAUCUUAAAAUCGUUCAGGUUGGAAAAGCCUUCUAAGAUCAUAGAGUCCAACCAUUAAACUAACACUGCCAAGUCCACCACUAAAGCAUGUCCCUAAGUCCCACAUCUACAUGUCUUUUAAAUACCUCCAGGGAUGGUGAUUUGACCACUUCCCAUGGCAAAAUGUUCAGGGCCUAAUAACAACAAAGUAUGGAAUGUCUGUGAUGAAAAAUUUUUUCUUUUAUAGUUCAGGCCUUUUUGGUCCUUUUUUAAAUUUCAUGUCCAUACCUAGAUUACAGGCUAGGAGAAGGUAGGAGGUAUGUGCUACAAGAUGCAGUGAAGUGCCUCUUCACUGUGAUGCUGUGUAAAUCCUGCUUUUGUGCUCUUUGGAGAACAACAUGCUGAUUUGGAAGUAGCACUUUGGAUAUAAGUUGACUUUGUGUUGAAAUGGUGUUUAUAUUUCAUGGUUCUGUAUGCAGCUAAUGUCGUUAUCUCGCAUGGCUAAUCUGUAACCUGUAUUAUCUAUUCGUGGAUAACUGAGUAUAGUGUAGUCCCUUCUUUCAUGUCAAGCUGUCUAGUGUAGGACAAAGGCAAAAACAAUGUGAUACUUUCUAGUGAUACUUCUCAGUGAUACUUCUAGUGAUACUUCUCAGUAUUUUUAAGCACUCUUAAAAAAACAAAACUGUAACCUUUUCCUCUCCUGUAGCAAGCUGUUUUUAUAAAACAUUUUGCAUUAAGUAUAGCUGAGAAAGUAUUGCUGUUAAUUGCUAGAAGUGGAACUAAAAGUUAACAUCAUUUUAUGUCAAAGAAAAAGUGAUGUUAUUUUAGGUGUGCUUUGAUCCUAAAGUAGUUGAAGUACUGGAGCAUUUAUCUCAGUUACUUAAGCUUCACAGUAACUGGCCACCUUUGCAAUGCUAAAUUGACCAGGCUAGGUGUUACAGAUAGUAUAUUCAAGAAUGUGAUACUCACUGAGCAAAUAAUUACUAGAGCACAUAAUCAUUUCUGUUUUGCAUUACUGGGGAAAUCAUAGAAUGGUUUUAGUUGAAAGGGACAUCCAAAAGUUAUUUCAUCCAACCCCCCUGCAAUGAGCAGGGACAUCUACAAGAUCAGGUUGCUCAGAGUCCUGUCCAGUCUGACCUUGAAUGUUUUCAGGGAUGGGGCAUCUAUCAUCUCUCUGGGCAACCUAUGCCAGUGUUUCACCACCCUCGUCAUAAAAAAAAUCCAAUAUCUAGUUUCUUAUUUCUUCCUUAUAGUCUUUCUUUUAUCUACCCUCUUUUAGUUUAAAACCAUUACCCCUUGUCCUAUUGCAACAGGCCCUACUAAAGAGUUUGUCCCCAUCUUUUUUAUAAGCCCCCUUUAAGUAGUGAAAGGUCACAAUGAGGCCUUCCUGGAGUUUUCUCCAGGCUGAACAACUCUAACUCUCUCAGCCUGUCUUCACAGGAGAGGUGCUCCAGCCCUCUGAUCAUCUUCAUGGCCCUCCUCUAGAUCUGCUCCAACAGGCCCAUGUCUUUCCUGUGCUGAGGACUCCAGAUGAGGUCUCAUGAGAACAGAGUAGAGGGGGAGAAUCACCUCCCUCGACCUGCUAGCCACACUGCUUUUGAUGCAGCCCAAGUUUGGCUUUCUGGCCUGCCAGCACAUGCUGCCAUCUCAUGUUCAGUUUUUCAUCCACUAAAAGGAUGGGAAAGGAAAGCUAGUCUGGAGUAAAUGUGUGGCUCAGUUUCCUCUGCACAGACAACAUUCUCAAUCUGUUUUCUCAUAACUUUUAGUAAAGAAAGAAAAAAAUAGUAGUCAGUUAAUCAUGUGCCACUUUUAACUGGGUUUUUUUUUCCAGUUUGCAAACAGGUCUUGGAUCAAUUUCAGUAAUUUAUUUUCUUUCAGAAAUAUUCAUAAAUUGUUACUGCAGAAUGAUUUCACAUACACAUAUUAGACAUUAAAACAGUCUUUUGUUUUCUGUUUGUGAUGGAUCAUUAAGAUAAUAAAAUAGUAUGUCUUGUAAGCUAGAUCUUUGUAUUUGGAGAGCUGUUGAACACUCAUAGGUCUUUUACUAUUUGUGGAUGUUACAGGAUUUAUUCAUCAUAAUAGGAAAUUAAACUGUCGAGCUUUUUGCAUAUAUUUCUGUUGCUGAUAUUCUUUUAAGCAUUUGUAAGUUACUGCCCUGGUUCUGGCCAGGACGCAGUUAAUUUUUGCAGCAGCCAGGAUGGACACAGCCAGGUCCUUCAGGUUAUUUAAUACCACCUCAUACCAUUCGCAGGGGGGAAGGAGUGGGGUGGGUACCCUUCCGAUUUGGCCAGGGUGUGUGGAGUGUGCAGUCCAGGUUCCCCAGUGAGCAAUCGUGUGUGAAUCAUUCGCCUAUCUUGUACACUCUGUUAUUAGUAUUGUUGCUGUUACUGUUGGUUUUCUUAUCUCAUUGCUGUUUCUGGUAAAUUGUUCUUAUCUCAACCUGUGAUCUUUGCCUUAUGUCUCCAAUUCUCCUCUGGGAGGGGGAGGGUGGAGAGUGAGUGAAUGAGCCAGAGUGGGUUGGAAACAAAUUUGAUCUAAGAAUUUGUUGUAUUAGGUAUGGAGCCACUGGUCACAAUGUUGCUUGAUCUGUUCAUGUGGGUGUGAUACCUAACCCUGUAUAUAUUCCUGUAUGUGCUCCUCAUGGUGCUCUUUUUCAGAGCAGGGAGAGGGAACAGGAUUACUUUGUUGCUGUACUGUGGAAUAUCAGUUUAUGACAUGAUAACAUCAAGGGCAAUGGGGGUCAUUUGUGAUGUGUAUUCAGUGUUUUUCUUCUGCUCUUACUUCAGGUGCUACCUCUGGGAAUUCUUUAAUAAUUGUUCCCAGUGUGUGGGGGAACAGGGGAGGAUGAUUUUCCCCAGCUUUUCACCCCCUUUUCUUCCUUCAGGCCUGUUACAGCAGCUUUUGAGAAUUUUGAAUUCCCUCUGGAUGUUGAGGAAAGCAUGUUGUUGUUGCUAAGUCUGCCAGGUAUCCUCAGUGUGGUCCACACUGUGUUUAGAGUCAAGAAAGAUUUCUAGUGAGGUUUUUCAGAGAUCUGCCCCAAGGGUGGAUAGUCAUGAGUGGCAUGGAAUGUGAGAGGAAAUGGGCUAGCUUUUGAAGGAUUAUUCUGCUCUAGUGGUUUGGAGAUUCACCCCUGAAAAAAUACAGAACCCUGAUAAAGUGGAAGAAUAUUUCAAAGAAAAUCACUGUGGCAGUUCCAGAGAGAGGCAACUUAUUGCAGUGUGCUUGGCCCUGGCUACUACUUAUUGGACACUGCUUGUCAUUAGAUGGCACCCUCAGGGGGAGAGGGAGGAAAGCAGAUCAACAGGCACCGUGUCCACUCAAACAGCAACUGAACCAGAGGGACAACCCGUGCCGGCAGCAGUUGCCCCUAUAGAGAAGAAGAAAUCCAAGACAAAAUCAGUUCACGUAGUGAGUGAUGAGGAGGAAGUAGGGCCCUCACAACAGGAGGAAGAGGCAGGGCCAGAGAAAAUCACCCAAUCCUUAUUCCUGGGUGAGCUGUGAGAGAUGUGAAAAGAUUUCAGCUGUCAUCUGGGUGAGCCCCUGGUGACCUGGCUGCUCUGAUGCUGGGAUAGUGUAGCCCAGAGUUGGAAACUAUAUGGUAAUAAAGACAAGCAACUGGGAUCCCUGUCCCAGGAUGCAGGCACUGACAAGGGGUUUGGGAAAAAGAUAGAAAUCUUCAGCCUCUGGAGGCAACUCCUGUCAAGUGUGAGGGAAAAGUAUCUUUUCCAGAACAAUCUAUCAGUGCACCAAAGCAAGUGGGACACCAUGAAGAAAGGUACCUGGUACUUGAGAGAAUUAACUGUGUUGGACAUACUCUAUAAGCAUUCAAGUAAUGAGCAGUCCCCUAUAGAUCCAGAUGAAGUCCAGUGUACACAACCCAUGUGGUGGAAGUUCCUGCAGAGCAGAACACACCAUCAUCAUAUGCCAACUCAUAGGCAGUGAUGUCAUGGAAAGAACAAACUGUUGUAUCGUGCUUUUUGUUUUAUCAGUAGGUCUAUGGUUUGAUUUAUGAUUUAGUAUUUUUCCUUGGUGCUGGUUUUUUCUUUUGUCUCCACCCUUUUCCCAGAAAUGUCGUCAGCUAGUUUCUAGUUUCUAUUUCUCCAAAUUUUACCCAUUUCCUAAGACUGUUUUUUUUCCUUGGAAGUUUAUUGGUUUGCUACUGGUAUUCUCCGCCUGGGUUUUUACUCCCAACUCUCCUGAUUUGUUGGAAGUUGGGUCUGCCCCUGCCUUUCCCCUGAGAUAUGUCUUUGUCGGCCCCUUAGUGGGGGCCCAGGAAGAAAGAGGGGAAGAAACACCAUCAAAUAAAGUUUCCCUGGGACCCGUG